GUCCGCACCAUGGAACUGAUUUUGAGCUCGUGUAUCUGUUGGGGCAUAUAUUCUGACCCUGGAUCAUCCGUUCCAGUCCCUCAUUCGGAAUACAUUCCUUUCUUUUGCAUAUUUUGGAAUACUAUAUUUAUUAUAUUAUCUGCUUUCCUUUCACAACAUGCUCCCAAGCAACGGAUGGCGCGCUUUUGCGCUGUCUCUAGCUCUUGUUCCUCGGGCAAUGGCAGAUAUCUGCGCGACACUCAAGGCCGGCGGCAUUGGUAUCGAAAACCGUAUUUCAUUGGCCUACAAGACCGAUCUGACCGAGUAUUGGUCCACGGCAUGCGGUGAUCUCAAGCCAACAUGCAUUGCAGCUCCGUCCAGUGCAGCGGAGAUGGCACAGGUUAUCAAGAACCUGCAUAACGUGGAUACUCUCUUUGCCAUCAAGAGCGGAGGACAUAACCCCAACAAUGGAUUUGCUAGUAUCCAAGACGGCUUGCUGGUUUCAACUAAGAAUCUGGAUCAAGUUGACUAUAACCCCGAGGAUCAUACUGCUAUUAUCGGUCCUGGACUUUCAUGGGAAGAGGCCCAGAAAGGGCUUGCAGGAACUGGUCGGACCAUUGUUGGAGGUCGAAUGGGAGGAGUUGGAGUUGGUGGAUAUAUGCUCGGAGGUGGUAUGAGUUUCCUGAGCACCCAGUACGGCUGGGCUGCGAACAAUGUGUUGGACUUUGAGGUUGUCCUUGCCAAUGGCACUAUUGUCCACGCAACUGAAACCGAAAACAGAGACCUCUUCGAAAGCUUGAAGGGAGGCGGCAACAACUUCGGGGUUGUUACUGCAUACACCAUGCAGACACAUCCUCAAGACCACAAGGUCUGGGGUGGCAACUACGUUUACACAGCCGACAAAGCGGCCGAAAUUCUCACGGCAGUGCGCAACUUCACCGACGAAUAUCCCGACGACAAGGCCGCAAUAAUCGUAACGUUCGAGCGCAGUCUCUUGCUUGACCUCUGUAUUUUGUUCCUCUUCUACGACGGACCCAAGCCUCCCUCUGGAGUCUUCGACGAGUUCACUGCUAUUAAACACACGUCAACUGCCAAGACCUGGGACAGCUACUACGACCUGCUCAAGCACAACGACUUCUUCAUUCUUAAGGGACAACGCUACAACAUCGCCACCGAGACCACACCCCUUCCCAACAAGACCGUGGGAGCGGCCCCACUCCAAGACUACUAUGAGCAUUUCCGCGACGUGACCGGGUCCGUACUAGGAGUGGCCGGGAUACUGGGCUCAAUUGCCUUCCAGCCCAUGCCCAAGACGUUCUCCCAAAAGGCCAAGGACCGCGGUGGAGAUCUCCUUGACAUUCCCUCCGAUCAACCAUACAUUAUUAUUGAGCUCAACUUCUCCUACGGGCUAUCUGUCGACGACAGCAAGGUCGACGCAGCCACCGUCGAAAUGUACCAGGGAAUAGACAACCUAGUCCAGAAGAACAUUGACAAGGGUCUUAUUCCUGACGUGUAUCGACCAUUGUUUAUGAACGAUGCAUACUACCGCCAGGACUACUGGGGACGUAUUAGCCCAGACUCCAAAGCGCUUGCUCUGAAGACGAGAAAGGCGUAUGAUCCCCAAGGGUUCUUCCAGAAGCGGACCAGUGGAGGCUGGAGGCUGAAAGACUAAAGGUCCAGUCGGUCUAGGUAUUGGAUAUAUUUAUCUCGAUCUAUAAUUGUAUUUACGAAAACUUAAUCAAUUGGUUUUAAUUAUAUGA